AUGCGCGAAAGGGUAGUUGAUAUACAAGAAUUGACGCAGGAUUAUUUAUGGAAGCACGUCAGCCACGAUAACCCUGCUGAUUUAGUUUCAAAGGGUAUUAAUUUACAAACGUUAAAAGACUCAAAGUUAUGGUGGGAUGGUCCAACAUUUUUACAAGAUCCUAAUUUUGAAUUACAUUCAAAUAAUACGGAAAAUAACAUCAUUAAUCUCCCGGAGGUUAAAAGUUUACAUGUAAGGAAUGACAAUUCUAAUGAUUGUACUAGUCAGUCUCUUUUUCCAUUUUCCAGGUUCUCUCAGUUUAACCGCCUUCAACGCACCAUGGCGUAUAUUAAACGUUUUCUACAUAAUAGCCAUAAAACAAACUUAAAACGAUCGGGUGCUUUGAGUGUGGAUGAGCUGCGAGAGGCUCUACAAGUAAGGACCAAGUGGACGAAAUCUAGUGACACACUGAAGGAAGGAACUUUUGUGCUGAUCAAGGAUGACAACAGCCCUCCUCUAAAGUGGUGUAUGGGACGCAUUGUUUCUACCUUCCCCGGAAAAGAUGGAAUUUCUCGAGUAGCAACAAUCCGCACAGCUUCUGGAGCCAUCACGAGACGAGCUUUUCCCAAGAUCUGCCCCUUACCACUCGAUUCAGCAACAGACCGUGGAGACUGUUGGAAG